UGAACUUUCUUCUUUCCGCCUCUGCUCUCGUUGUUCUGCAGAGAAUUGGGGAAGAACGAAAAUGCAUCACCGUGCACAAAUUUCUCUCUGUAAAUUGUUUUCCAGAUACCCUUUUCAACGAUCUCUAAUACCCAGUUCUUCAUCUUCCCUUAACUCACUCGCAAUGAUUUCAACUCAACUCGUUUCAGGCUCGGUUCCUUUUCGAAGGCCUGAGUUUACCGUUACACCCACCUCAAAUUUCCACCAUUUCCGUCAUCCAACUCUCUCAAAAUCGAUAGUCCAGUUGAUGAAAUACAGUGCUCAGCCUGGUGGCUCGGUGGCCGAGUUUGACCAGAACAGAGAGGUGGACAUGAUCAACCUCAAGUUUGCUGAAGCUAGAGAGGAGAUAGAGAUGGCUAUGGAGUCCAAAGAGACUGUGUAUUUUGAUGAGGAAGCGGAGUGUGCUCGGGCUGCUGUGAAGGAAGUGUUGGACAUGUUUAAUGGACUAUUAGCGAAGUUGCCGGAGAGCGAACGAGCGGCAUUGCAGAGGUCAAUGGGCCUGAAGAUUGAGCAGUUGAAGGCUGAGCUUCAGCAGUUGAAUGAGUAAUGAGUCUGCAAAGAUUACUGCAUUGCGAAGUGACGAGUGCUAUGGGAUGAGAUACUUAGAAGAGUUGGUUUAGCUUGGGUAAUGCCAUUGAGGGUAGUGGAUUUACUAUGAUUCUGUUGUGCAUUAUGUUGUGUACUUGGUUGGAAAGGAAUGCAUGGUGCUUUGAAGAUAAGGAACGUACAAUGGCGAAUCUUCAGAACUUUUUCCUACACACUUUAUUGCUUUGGUUUUCAGCUAUUGUGCUUAAUGGAAACAAUGUCCAUGACUUUCUGGUUUUAAUUUUUGGCUCUCAGAAUGUAUUUAGGUGUUCUCUUGUAUACUUCUUGUGUACACGGGCUUUGCUUGUUUCAUUCAUAUCAAUAAAAUUUAUCUCUUACUUAUAAAAAAAAAAAAA